GAGGGGGAGCGUUGCGAGAAAAGACAAAAGUACAAAGUGAGUGAUUUUCAAGCUGAGAGAGGACAUGUGGGAGCUUCAUUGUCCAUUAAAGCCUCACUUUUGCUUUUUGACCUCCUCCCUUUGGCGCGACAAGAACCUACAACCAACAAAACUGACUGUUAUUUUUUAUUAUUGGACACACGUACACACGCAUACAUGAAUUUUCAACUCAGCAGUUUUAGGGUGGAAUUAAAUUCUGUGUUUUGGACAAAAGCAGAAAACUAUACAUGGUACAGUUGGGGGCAGCACGGUCAUUGAGCGGUUAGCACAUCUGCCUCACAGUUCUGAAGUUCGGGGUUUGAAAAUCGUCUCCUGUGUGGACGUUGUAUGUUCUCUGUCUACUUGCGUGGGUUUUCUCCCCAUACUCUGUCCGGCUUUCCCCCUUAUUCCAAAAACAUGCUGUUACUGCUCCAUGUUGGGUAAAUCCAAGACUUGAAAUUGUCCAUAGGUGUGAAUGUGAAUGCAUGUUUGUCUAAAUGUGCCCUGCGAUUGUCUGGCGACCAAUUUUUUGCUUCUAUCAAUCAAAGGCUGUAGCUCAUUGGAAAUGGAUGGUUGAUGGAUGCAGAAAUAUUUUUGGACGAGACCGAGGGCUACAAAACAGCGCUGCAGCAAAGUUGAGACUGUGGAGUAGCAGACUCCGCCAAUAUGCCAGUGGAGACCCUGCGGCCCUCACAGGGUCGCCUGGCCGGGGCUCCCUUCACCUCCGCCAUGCCCUUCAGGAUCCUCACCAAAGGGCCCGACUACUUUCGCCGUCAGGCUGAGCCGGGUACCCGCAAGCUGAGCGCCGUGGAGCGUCUGGAGGCGGACAAGGCCAAGUAUGUCAAGAGUCAGCAGGUGGCGCUGACGCGGCAGGCUCCGGUCAAGCCGCCAAUCAUCCGCAAACCUCUCGUGCCCCCGGCCAUGAUUCUGCAGUGCCACAUGGGCGCUCCCCCAGCCCGAAAAAGUCUGCGGUGCCCCACUAACGUGGACAGCGGUGGCGUGAGGGACGGACCGGGAGGGAGACGAGGACCCCGUCUCAAUUUGGAUAUUUUGAACAACCUUAUCAACGAUGUAUGCGACGGCCCACUGCCCUCCUCCCAGUCGUCGUCGUCCACCUCGCCGUCAUCGUCAUCUCCUUCCUCGGGAGCUAAAAGCAUCGGCAGCAGCUUGUCAGCAGAGCGUGAGAAGAGCAACAGACUCCUCAACAACCUCAAACCACGGUGCACCACCGCCUCCUCAUCCAUCUCGUCAUGCACGUCCUCCCCACUCAACCCCAGCCAUCGUCCCCCCCCUGUCCCAGCACGGGCGCCCCGCAUCUGCGUCCCGUCAGCCUACGUCUCUCCAAAUACCGUCACGGUACGCAGGGUGGAUGUUCGACCCCACGCAGAAAUUAGGAAGCCCCAUAGGCCCCAACUCAGGCCCCGACAAACUGCCCAGGGUCAAGUAGCGAACGCCCAGGUCCCCCCACCACCACCGCCAGCACCCCACAACCCACCUCAGCCCCAAUCCAACACCACCACACGAACCACACCCUCGCCCCCUUCUUACCUGCCGCCCAGUCCCAUGCUGGUCCGUGCAGGGAUGAUCCCGCCCGCUUCCCCCGCCUUCACCCGUCUGUCCAACGCCAGCUCCAAGGGUUCUGCCCGUAAGCACCCGUCAUUGCACCGCUCCAAGUCAGACCUGAGCGACCGCUAUUCCCGGGCCACGGCCGACCUGGAGCGCUUCUUCAACUACUGCGGGCUGGAUCCCGACGAGGUGGAGGGCAUGGGCGGAGUGGAGCGCUUCACCAGGGCCAACUCGGACAUCGUGUCCAUCUCCAAGCUCCGCAGCGUCAGCACGCCCAGCUCGGAGUGCGGGGACGAAGCCGAGAGAGGCCGGGAGGAGUAUGAUGACGAGGACGGGCCCGCCCGAGGCAACGAGCGCAUCCCCUACGGCAUCUCCGUCAUCGAGAGGAACGCCAGAGUCAUCAAGUGGCUCUACGGCAUCCGACAGGCAAGAGAUGCUAACGGCGCCGUUUCGAACGUAUAGACUAAAACUCCACUUAUUUUUGUAUUUAUAUGAAGAAGGGAAGCCAGUCUUUUCAUCUUUUGUGGCCUUACGUCCAACAUUUUCAAGUCUCUACGAUGAAGACUCACAUUUCACGUUUGGAGACUUUUGAGGAAGUUGGAACAUGCUGUUCAAGUCCACUUCCCCUCCUCUUUGACUUCAACAAUGUACAAUGUUACGUUGUAUCUGUAAGCAAUAAUAGACUGACGAGAGUGGUACUGUGUUAGUGUGAAUGUGCGUGUGGGUGUAGCACAGAGAACCUCGCUGAUGCUGUGAAAAGUCACAAAAAAAGCUUCCAUUAACACAUUUUGUAUUUUUCAAAAUCACCUUUGGCUGCAGGACUGUUAUUGUACUCGUUUCUGCUGGCAUGCAAGUGUAAUGUUUGUGUAAAUUUGGCACCUUAUGUCAACAAAGCACGCAUGCACUACGUACGUUCGUUGCACCAACACAUUUUUCAAGCCAGUUAACAUCAAUAUGCGAGCAGUCUAAAUUUGUGUGUGUUGGUGAAACACAGACACACGCAUGCACUCCUUUUAGGGAUAAGACUGUGUGAUAAAUCAUGUUGACCACACGUCCCAGCACAAGGUUGGUAAAAUGAAGAACAAGUAAAAAUCCUUUCCACACACAAAAGGGUUCGAUCAGGGGUGGGCAAGGUAGCGCCUGCGAGAGCUUUUUAUGCAGCCUGCUAGGCAAUUUUAAAAACAAAUAAAACCUCACAGGAACUGUUGUACAAAGACCUACAUCAUUUAAGCCACAAUUGUUCAUAAAACUGUAAUUGACAAGGAUAAUGUUUUUUAAUAAUCCCUCGGAGGACUUGAGCCCACCCCUGUUAUAUGUAUACUAAAGAGUUCACUGGUGGAUUUGAACAAAAGUGUCUCAGGAAAAGAAGUAUUUGGCAUACUAACACAAAUGGACCAAUAUUUAUUUGGAAAAUGUAAUUUAAUGUAUUUUUUCACCACUCGUACAGCCGCUGUACAAUUAACACGUGUACAGAAUUCAGUCUGAAGUGCAAUCUAUUCAUAUUUACCACAACAAUUAUGCAGGAUGAAAUGGACACACACACAUGGAAAUACAGGGGGUGUCUACAUCUUACCACAAAGUCUUUUUAGUUCCCCCCCAGCACAUUCCUCUUUUUACCUGUCAUAUGUGACACAGGUGUGACAGUAGCCCAGAAAUGCGGAUGCCCAAAGACUCCUGAGGUCCGAGAGGCUUUAAAAUGGCGUCUUUGAAGCUAAUAUUAAAACACAGUUCAAGAACA